AUGGACUUCUGCGGCGGUGGGUUGGUGUCUCUUGUGUCUCUCAGACGCUGUAGCAGCGGUGAGAGACCCAGACUGGAGCCGAAGACAGGGCUCCAACUGACAUUUGAAUUCAGAUCUCGUCAUGAGGAGGCUGUUGCUAGUCAGCAGAUCACCGACUUCUUUGGAAAAAAUGUGAAGAGAGUGCUGUUUGUGCCGUACGCUCUCCAUGACAGAGACGCCUACACGCAGACGGCUCGAGUCAAGUUCCUUUCUCUGGGUUAUGAAGUUGACGGCAUCCAUGAGGCGGCAGACCCAGUGGAGGCUGUCCGCAAAGCAGAAGCUAUAUUCAUUGGUGGUGGUAACACGUUUCGUCUGCUGAAGAAUCUCUACGACAACAGGGUGUUGCUGGAGAUCAGGAGGAGAGUUCUGGAGGAGGGUGUGCCGUACAUGGGCUCCAGCGCUGGGACUAACGUAGCCACCGUUAGCAUUAGCACCACCAACGACAUGCCCAUCGUCUUCCCACCGUCCUUCGCCGCCAUCGGCCUGGUCCCCUUCAACAUCAACCCCCACUACCUGGAUCCAGACCCCACCAGCCGACACAUGGGGGAGACCAGGGAGCAGAGGAUCAGCCAGUACCAUGAGGAGGUGGACACCCUUGUUCUGGCUCUCAGAGAAGGCUGCAUGUUGCUGGUGGAGGGGGACAGAGCCACACUGUUGGGCUCCACACACGCUCGCCUCUUCAGCAGAGGGAAGUCCUGUGUGGAGUUUGCCCCUGGCAGUGACCUGAGCUUCCUGCUGACUGCCGCCCACUGA